AUGUCUACGCGAAGAGCGAGAAUAAAAGCGGUAACAGCAUUACCUCCUAGAAGAAAAAAUGCACCUAAUUUAAAUAAUAAGCCAGAAAAAGAAAGCCCCAAAGUUUCACUUGUAUCAAAAGAAAGUGAAGAAGACAAUAAAAACACACAAUCUGAUAUUACUGAAAACGCCUCAACUACACCUAGCAUAGUUUGCAAUAAAUCCCCUAUUUUACCUACCAUUGACCAAAAAGAUUUAUCAUCGAAAACAUCUGAGUUACCUGCUACUCCUAAGCCAAGUAACUUAUUUGCUGCACCUUUAACAAGAAAUAGUCCAAAACGAUUUGCUUCUCCCAAUCUAAUAUCGCCUAGAAGAGAUGUAUCUAAAUGUAACACUCCUGUCCGGCAAACUAUACCAAGACAUCAUGAAUUCAAUCAAAACACAGAACUGCAAGUAACUAGUAAUUCAGUGAAUAGAGUACAACAAAACAGUAGAAUUGAAGUCUAUAAUGAGAAACCAGAAGCGACAGCAACUGCCAUGGAUGGCAUUGUUCCUCUACAACCAGCAGUUGGCCCUAAACCAAUAGAAAAGCUAAAGAAUGAUAUUAUCUCAGAAAAUGCAGAAGUUCUAUUUGAUCCAAUAGUACCUCUGCCAUCUCCUAAUAAAUUACGCCCAAAACUUCGUCCUGUGCCUCGGCUAGGGCCUAGGAGGAACAGUAUUCAGGGCAGCGCCAGUGAAUCCGAAGAUGAGAGCCGUCGAAGUCUUCUAAGUGGCGGAAACACUCCAGGACCCAGACAGAGGCAUGAUUCACAAACAAUUCUACAAUCUAUGCUCAAUAGGGACGUAAGCCGUGUUAGGAAUGAGUCGGUAAGUUCCAGUGUAAGCCAAGUUGUGGGACCACAGAUGCCAGCAUCUCCCAUCAGAGAUAAGCCUUUAAAGGUUCGCCGUGCACAAGAAGCAGCAAGCAGGCGCGCGGCGAUGGCAUCUCGCCGCAAACGUCAUUGUAAGCGUGAAGACAUGACUAUGUAUGACCUCAUCUUUUACAACCCAACGGAAAAUCCUAUUUUGCCAAACGAAGACGAAAUGAAAGCGAAAGAAGAGAGUCUAAAAGAUUUGGAAAAGCAAAGUAUGGAAACUAUAGAGGAAAGCGUAGAUGCUGUUCAGGAAUCUGCGCCCGCGCCGCAAAUUAAACUUGGCCCGAAUGGCGAAAUUAUACUCGAUGAAUCUAGUUUGGUUAUAAAACAAACACAAAUCCAGAAAAUAUCUUCAAUAGUCCGUGAAGGGGCUUGGAUGCCCUCUCAAGGGAAAUACAAACGGGGCCCAAGAACAGCGAACUGGAGUGCCCCGGAGACAGUGAGGUUUUAUAGAGCCCUGGCCGCCAUUGGGACUGAUUUUACAUUGAUGGCGCCUCUGUUCCCUGAUAGGAGUAGAAAGGAUCUCAAGUUGAAGUUUAAAAAAGAAGAAAAAAUAAAUGGAGAGCAAAUUGAUAAAGCGUUGCGGUGUAGGUUCUCUUGGGACGCCAUGUCGCUUGCGGAAGAGUUUGAGGCGGAGAGAAAGGAAGCUAAGCGGAAAGAAGAAGAGGAGAAAAGGAAACAGAAAGAGUUGAUAGAGCAACAGAAGAAGGCCGAAAGAGAAAGACUGAAAGAAUUUAAAGGAGCCCGGAGAUGUAAAGCUAUGAAAGCGCUCGAAUGUGUACCAAGCACUGUGUCUCGCAAGAAAUUUACAAUCACCAACGCCGAUGAUCUUAUUGAACGAGGCAAGCAGAUAGAAAAUAACGUGAAAAAACGCUCAACACAAAAACAUACAAAGUCGUCUACUUUAACAUCCAAAGUGGCCAAAUCUCCUCUCACCCGUACACCAAUAAACAUACCAGCCCAAAGCAAACGUCAAACUCCACUAAAAACCCCACUUAAAGCCCCAAUGUCCUCUGACAUGGCACAUACAAGAAACACAUCUAAAACUCCAGAUCUUGCCUUAAGAAACAUUCCCUCUAAUUUAGAAACCGGUUCACUCAUAGUGUUGACUGUAAAUGACCCAAAAUCUCCCGGAAAAAAAAUGUUGCAAACAUAUAUUGCUCAGGAGGAAGGUAUAUUAACUCAAGUGGCUCUGCCGAGUGGACUUUUGAAUUCAGUAGUAGGUUACAUGAAAAAGGGUACCCCUAAAAGCACUGUGUCGAACACUUCUUCGCCUAUUACUCCUAAUACUGAUAGAGCUGGUUCUGGCCAAAGUUCUGAAAGGAAACGACAAGCUUCCUUCUCUAUAACAGAACUCUAG